UAUCCUCGAAGAACCUAACCUUUUCCACAGCCUAUAUAAAGCAGCUAAUCACCAGCUUGUCAAAAAAGAUCGACGAACAUAAACAUAUAACUUUUCUUGGUUUUUAAGAGUUCGAAAGACUUUUAGAUUGUUUUGUCUGCUGAAGAAUCGAAGUUAGAAGAAAUGGGUGUUAGAGAAAUGGAUCCGUUAGCCCAGUUGAGCUUACCACCGGGUUUCAGAUUUUACCCGACAGAUGAAGAGCUUCUUGUUCAGUAUCUCUGUCGGAAAGUUGCAGGCUAUCAUUUCUCUCUCCAAGUCAUCGGAGACAUCGAUCUCUACAAGUUCGAUCCUUGGGAUUUGCCAAGUAAGGCCUUGUUUGGGGAGAAGGAAUGGUAUUUCUUUAGUCCAAGAGACCGGAAAUAUCCAAACGGGUCAAGACCCAAUAGAGUAGCCGGGUCGGGUUACUGGAAGGCGACGGGUACCGACAAAAUCAUCACGUCGGAUGGCCACCGUGUCGGAAUUAAAAAAGCUCUGAUUUUCUACGCCGGAAAAGCUCCAAAAGGCACCAAAACGAACUGGAUCAUGCACGAGUAUCGCCUCGUCGAGCAUUCUCGUAGCCACGGAAGCUCCAAGUUGGAUGAUUGGGUGUUGUGUCGAAUCUACAAGAAGACGUCGGGGUCUCAGAGACAAGCCGUUCCUCCGGUUCAACCUUGCCGUGAAGAACACAGCACGAACGGGUCGUCGUCGUCUUCUUCGUCUCAUCACGACGACGUUCUUGACUCGUUCCCGGAGAUGAAUGAUCGGUCUUUUAACCUUCCUCGGGUGAAUUCUCUGAGGACGCUUCUCAACGGGAAUUUCGAUUGGGCGAGCUUAGCGGGUCUCAACCCCAUUCCGGAGCUAGCUCCGGCGAGCAACGGUUACGGAGGUUACGAUGCGUUUAGAGCGGCGGAGGGAGAGGCGGAGAGCGGGUUGAGGAAUUUGCAGAUGAACUCGAGCGAGUUGACUCAGAGUUUCGGGUACAGGUCGAGCGGGUUGAGUAAUGGUGGGUUCGGGCUUUCGGGUCAAACAUUCGAGUUUAGGCAAUAAGUGUAAUUUGGGAGGGUAGAGUGGGUAAUUAAUGUAAAUAAAAUAGGGAUUUAUAUGGGCCUUUUACCGAUUCGGUUAGGCUUGGGAUUCCAGAAAGGCAAAGGGCUUGAUUAGUUUUGAUGGGAGGGAAAUGUAAUAAAAAUGGAAUCACAAUACCUUGAUGGAUUAUUUGAAUUCUUAAAUAAAAAAUGGUUGUUUGAGAUUGUUUGUUA